UGCCGAUGGGCCCUGAGGGGGACGCGGCGAGGCCCGGGCGCUUCUUCGGCGUCUAUCUGCUCUACUGCCUGAACCCUCGGCACCGGGGUCGCGUCUACGUGGGGUUCACCGUCAACCCUACUCGUAGGGUCCAGCAGCACAACGGGGGCCGCAAGAAAGGAGGGGCCUGGCGGACCAGCGGGCGCGGGCCCUGGGCGAUGGUGCUUAUCGUGCACGGCUUCCCUUCCGCCGUGGCCGCCCUUCGGUUCGAGUGGGCCUGGCAGCACCCGCAAGCCUCACGCCGCCUGGCUCACGUGGGCCCGCGCCUGCGCAGCGAGGCCGCCUUCGCUUUCCACCUACGCGUGCUGGCGCACAUGCUGCGCGUGCCGCCUUGGGUGCGCCUCCCGCUCACCGUGCGCUGGCUGCGCGCCGACUUCCGGUGUGACCUCUGCCCACCGCCACCGUCGCACAUGCCGCUGACCUUUGGGCCUCCGCCGCCCCGCGCCGCGGCCCCGAAGCGCCGCGCCGGACCCUUAGCUGACCUGGAGUCCGAGCCUGACCAAGAUGCCGAGGCCUGCUGCGCCCUGUGCGCGCGCUCCUUCCAGGAUGAAGAGGGCCCCCUGUGCUGCCCCCACCCUGGCUGCUGCCUCAGGGCCCACGUGAUCUGCCUUGCAGAGGAGUUCCUGGAGAAGGAGCCAGGGCAGCUUCUGCCCCUAGAGGGUCAAUGCCCUGGCUGUAAGAACUCACUGCUGUGGGGAGACCUGAUCUGGCUGUGCCAGAUGGGCACCGAGGAGGAAGAAGAGAACUUGGAAUUAGAAGAGGAACACUGGACAGACAUGCUGGAGACCUGAUCCUCCGCCCACUGCUUGUUUGUGCCACUCCUAGCCCCUUCAGACCCAGUGAGAGAAAAGCACCUUCUGGGGGCCAUGGUUCUUUUACCAACCAUGAAUGAAUCUCCAUGAAAUCCCUUGGGAAUCAUGAAGCCGGACUCACUCCCAGGGUUAUU